AUGGCUGAAGCCUUAGUUUAUGAAGAUACACCCUUUGCCGAGUAUCUUAGCGAAAUUGGUAGUAAGGAAGAGCUAACCAAACAACCAGAGAUGCAUGAAUUAGAACGACGAGCCUCACAAAAUGACGAAAACUCUCAACAUUGGCUUGCACACUUCUCACGUGAAAUUCUUGAUUACCUUCAAGAAACCUUAUCAACGGCGCUUCCGUUACAAGAAGAGAACGCAUUUGAAGAACGUUUCAAGUACUUACUAUGUACCUCGCACCUUUUAAAUGAUACCCUAUCGAUAUAUUUUUACGACAGCAAAAAGCCAAAUCCGAUCAAUGCUCGGGAAGCAGGAUUAUAUUUCGGAGGAAUUUCGCGACGUAAUUUUGAGAUCCUACUAAGUUCUUUGAUUGGCGUGUUAGUGGUCCUCUUGACAUGGUUGUUACGUGAUGCUGAGCCAAAAGAUAUUGGUACAAAGAUGAUGCAGUUACCUAUUGCACUUAUAUUAGCUCUAUUAGCCUCAUUCUUCUUAUAUCGUCGCAUGCGUCGAAAAGUUAUGAAAAAUCUCCACAAUUCAGCAUUACAUUUUUUGGAGACACUCGUUUACAAUUGUCAAACUUUCGAUCUUAAGGUUAACAAAGCGUUGAUAAUGAUUCAAGAAAUAGAACUAGUAUCGCGUGGCUAUAGAUUGUCCAUGCCUCUUUCUCCGAUAUCUCGCAUCGAACAGAGUUCCAAGGAUCGACGUUGUAAUGCGUUACGAGAAGCCAUCUAUAAUAUACUUCAGGAGGCAUUCACGAGUUAUUGUGAAGCCAUAGUGGCAAUGCAACCGGAAAUUUCAAAAAUCAAUUUGGACAUUAUGUACAAUAUGUACAACAUCACUCCUUGUCCAGAUACUGAAGGUGAUGAAUGGAACGUGGAUGAUGAAAAGGAGAAAUAUUCUCUUGAGUAUUUGAAGCAAAUUUUUCAGAGGAUGCACUCAAAACGAAGAGAAUGUUUGUGUCAUUUCCUUGCGCUGGAUGUGAUGACACCAGGAAGGGAUUCUCAUCGAAGAGACUAUGAAUAUCAUUGGGCAGCAGUUAAUGGUCAUUUAGAUGAAAUAGGAGUUAUUACGAGUGAAUAUUUAAACAGGGUUAAUGUCGCUUUAGCAAGUGAAUUACAUACCACCGUAACACCGACACCAAAACAAGACUUUAUGUCACAGCCAACAGCACCAGUAAUUACGAACAAAAAACUUAAGGCCUACCUUCAUCGUUUAGCUUCUAUCGAGCAACACAUUCGUGGUGUUCAAGCGAAAGUAUACAUAUGUAAUGAGGAUGCCCGCAAAUACUUUGGAAAUGAUGGACUUGUGGCUGAAAAACAUAGAGAACAGCUGUUGAAUCAAUACGAAUCCAUAACCAGAGACUUUACCUAUAUGUUUCAAGAAUGGGAGGACGGAAAGAAAGCGUUGAAAGAUAUAACAGAGCCAAUGUCUGUUGAUUCUAAUUUAAGUUCUAGUAUUCAAUCUCUUGAUGAGGAUGCUGAAACACUAAAAGGCGAAAAUGAUUCUGAUGAAAAUACUUCCGAGAAAACGCUCACUAUCGAUUGGUCACAGAAAGAUGAACCUUUAGAUGUUCAAGAACAAGUCUUUGUAGCAGAAGCGAUAACUGAACAAACAACGAAGAAACUAACGAGAGAGGAAAGGAUUGCUAUUCAAAAGGUUAAAAGAGAUGAGGAGGCGAAAUCAAGGGCAACAAGAAUGGACUCGGAACGGAUGGUGCACGAAUUAAAGGAUGUGCUGUUGGUAAGGAGGAAGCCUAUGGAUUUCGAAAAUGAAGUUCUACAGCCUUCACAAGAUUUUGAACGAAUACCAAUUCAAGGAACUCGUGUUGAGGUCGUAUCAAAUUAA